AUGUCCGGGACGGAGAACGCGGAUCCGGUCACGGCGCCGGACCAGAGCUGGGCGCUAGGCCUCGCCGCUGACGACGACGACGACGUCGCCGCAAGCCAUGGCUACCUCCUACGAAGCGAUUACGCGGAGAGCAGCGUUCUCGGGGAGUUCGGCUGGGCGGAGUCGAGCGACGCCGCCGGUUUCCCGUCGGAUUUUCAGGGAACCAAUGCCGGUGACUGCUUUUCGGCUGCUUGGCUGGAUCCUAGACGCGAGGAUGUCGGCGGUAAUAGUUUUGAGCCGAUGGCGUCUCUGGCCCAAUCGAGGUCGUCCGGCUAUCCGGUGGAGAAACAGACGGCGCCGGGUGCCGCAGCCGCUAUCGCCGCUGCCCGGCCUCCGCCGCAGGACUCAGAGAGCAAGACUCGAAAGAAGGGGCAAAAGCGAACUCGACAGCAAUCGUUUGCUUUCGCGACUAAAAGCGAGACCGAUAACCUUGACGAUGGUUAUCGCGACCCCUCGGUCGUGAUCACAACGUACGAAGGACAACAUUGUCACUACUCGGCCGGCUAUCCCAGGAUAGGCGGCUUCAUAGCCUAUAACAUAACCACUAACAACCUUAAUUUACACAAUCCACCAAACGAACCCCAAGAAAAUUCUCCACGGGUAACGACAAGAUUGGAGCCGCCAAACGGCCCCCAAGAAAACUCUCCACGGAUUAUGACAACAUUGCAGCCGCCAAACGGACCCCAAGAAAAUUUUCCACGAUCUCAUGGAGUUGCCCGAGAAGGGUUACUCGGGGAUAUCGUGCCUCUCGGAAUGCGAAAAGCUUAA